AUGCCCUCCAUAACCCAACAUCCCGACACCCCCGUACCCACGCCGCGCAUCACAAAGUUCACAAACUGCCGCCUCCCGCUCAACGGCCAUCUCGUCCUGCCAUCGCUAGGCCCCUCCGGUGGACCCCGCCGUGCAGAGGACGGAGCGGAAUCUCUCGGCGCGCACGUCGAAGGGCCCUUCCUCAGCCCUGGCAAAAACGGCAUCCACAGCCCCAGCGUCCUCCUCGCCGCCAAUACCGGCUUCCAGGACCUAAUAGACUGCUACGGCGCCGAAAACCUCCUCGCCUCGCAAGACGUCCCCUCCUCCGCCCCGAUCACCCCCACCACCACAUCCACAUCCACGUCCGCCUCCUCCGCCUCCACCACCCGCAGCAACCCCACCGCAAACAUAAAAAUGAUCACCGCCGCCCCCGAAGUCGGCAUCAUGAACACCCUCAUCCCCACCCUCGUCUCCCACAACAUCAUCUACUCCAUCGGGCACUCUGACGCCACCUACGAGCAGGCCCUCGACGCCCUCGCCGCCGGCGCCAGCAUGAUCACGCACCUCUUCAACGCCAUGCGGCCCUUCUACCACCGGCACCCGGGCAUCUUCGGCCUGCUGGCGCAGCAGUCGCAGCAGGCCACGCGGCCCUUCUACGGCCUGAUCGCCGACGGCAUCCACCUGCACCCGACCAGCGUGCAGAUCGCGUACCACGCGCACCCGGCCGGCAUGGUGCUGGUGACCGACGCGAUGAAGCUGUGCGGCAUGCCCGACGGCGUGUACGAGUGGACGAACGGCGAGCGCAUCAUCAAGCGCGGCGCGCUGCUGACGCUGGAGGGCUCGGCGGAGGGCAAGAUCGCCGGCUCCUCCGCCACGCUGAUCGAGUGUGUGAAUAAUUUCCGGCGGUGGGCGGGGACCGGGGUGGUGGAGGCCGUCAGGGCGGUGACGGAGACGCCGGCGCGGAUGCUGGGGUUGGAGGGCGUGAAGGGCGUGUUGGUGCCGGGGGCGGAUGCGGAUCUGGUGGUCCUGGGCGAGGAUGCGGAGGGGACGUUGACGGUGGAUCAGGUCUGGAAGUUUGGCGUGCGGGUUUUUGAUUGCGUGAAGGAUGCGCAGUGGGCGGCGUGA